AUGGGAAAGAAAAAACCAGAUAGUUUUCUAAGCUAAAUGUCUAAAUUAUUUAAUGGAGAAAAAAUCGUUAAACUAACUAUCAAGAGAAGUAUUUCAUCUUCAUUUAUACUUUUUUUUAGAUUUAAAAGAUCAAUAUCCAUAACUUAGAAAAAAAUUAAAAAGAAAAUAAAAACAACAAUUAUUCACUGAAAUCAAAACAGCUAAUGAUGUUAAUGAAAUUACCAUUAGAUCAUAAACACAAAAAUUAACUAUUUCUACCUCUUCAAAUAAAUAAUAAAUUAAUAAAUUUGCUGAUUCAUUAUCUAACAUCUAUCGCUUAUAUUGUCACGAUCAAUAGAAAUAAAUUAAGGUAUAAUUAUCUAUUUAUUAAGAAAAAACCUGUUUUAUUACCAACUUAACCUAAUAUGAAAUCUAAAACACAAUUAAGAUUAAAAGCAAAAAAAUAGAGAAACAAAGAAAGACGCUAAAAAAGACAUGAACUAUCAAAAUUGAAGAAAAAGGAAUUGUAGAGAUAAAAAACAUUUGCAAGCAAAAAAAGAGAAGAAAAGUAAUAAUGAUAUAUAUGUAUA